AUGCACCAAAGGAAAUUGCUGUCUGAAUAUUGUCUCAGAGAUGGAGCUUGUGACAGUUGCCUGGAAACUUCAAUCUGUCUCCCAUUUAUUCCAGAUCAUAGUUUUGAGAUAAAGUUUAAUAAAAAUCUUUACCCGAAUGAAAGCCAACCCUUCCAGAUCAACAGACACAAUGAGACAGAACUGCGGAGGAAACCUAAUGUUUAACAUGUAUCUCUCAGAUCCUUCAGAUAAUCUUCUGAAAGAGGCUAAAAACGCAUCAUGGAGCCCCAUGAAUACGGGAGUUCAAAAAGGAAGUGGACAAAUUCAGCUCUGGCAGUUUCUCCUCGAGCUCUUGUCGGACAGCUCCAACAUAUCGUGCAUCGCAUGGGAAGGCACCAACGGGGAAUUUAAACUGAUCGACCCGGACGAAGUGGCCCGUCGAUGGGGUGAGAGGAAAAGCAAGCCCAAUAUGAACUAUGAUAAACUUAGCCGAGCUCUCCGCUACUACUACGACAAGAACAUCAUGACGAAGGUGCAUGGAAAGCGCUAUGCCUACAAAUUUGACUUUCACGGUCUGGCACAAGUGUGCCAACCCUCGUCGACCGAACAAGCCUUUUAUAAGUUCCAGAGUAAUUUCACACCGCUGCCGUUUUCAGGCAUUUCCAAGCUCAACCUGAUGGCUCCAACCGUUAGUCACACCGGGUUCUCCUACUGGCCAGGCUCCCCGCCGACUCUCUACCACAGUCACAACCUGCAACCCUCUGGGCCCUUUGGCACGGUAUCUGCGCCUCAUAUCAGCUGCGUCAACAACAUCAAUAACUUAAAUAAUUUGAAUAAUAUUAAUAGUCCUUAUAAUUGAAGACCAUUUCAGUUAGAAAGGUGGAUCAGAUAAAAUUGCCUGGAUAAAGAUCAUGUAAAAGUUGUAACAAUACGCGCAAAUUUCCUGCGGCACAAUACAGAUAGGAUAUAUCGUAAUCGAAACUGCCCAUGCAUCCUUAAGCAAUAUUUUAUGAUGACAUUUGGCUCACUUGAAAACAAGAAAUUGCCAUAAUGACGUUUAAACACAAAUGCACAUAAUUUAUUUAAACUUGCGGAGAUGCGACGCCUAUCAGCGCCAUCUCAUGGCUGAAAAACACCAGGUGUACUUCGAAGCGGACGCGUGAACUCGGGUCCAUUGCUGUAUCAAAAAACCUUUUAGACAACAACAAUGAAUACAACUACUCGGCCAUUUGACAUGUUAUUGUACCCACAAAAGGUAUAAAAUCACUAUACUAUUUUUGUUCUGUAAUAUUCAGUUUACUAACAGAGAAAAUUAUACAAUGUAUAUUUCAUAUUAAUUAGGGAGACCUUCAGGGAGCGAUGGCCAGCAGUUUUCAACUGGGCUUAUGAGAGUAAUUUUUAUCACAGCGCUCAAUGAAAAUCAGAUUGUAUUUAGGCUACAGGUUGCUAGUGGUCCUCUUAUAGAAGAUUGUAUGUAGGCCAACUAGGUCAAGUUCUAUGGCAGUGUACCUAAGGACAUUCAACAAAUGAAUAUAGGAUUCCUUUUCAAAUCAAUUAAAACAACUGGACCCCAGCCUCCAGUAAAAGUAGCAUCACCGAAACCGACCAACAACAAUAAACCGACCCAACUGAAACGCAGGCCUUGCGUCUUUUCUAAAAUGUAAAGUGUAGCCACCUGACUGGAUUACACUUGUCUUGCCAAAACAAAUAGGUAGACCUACAGUCUAACGCUUUCCAGAACAUCUAAGAAGGUAUGUGCUCCUAUUCAUGGCGAUUUGCUGUCCAAUUGUUUUCGUGUUUCAUUGUUGGGCUUAAAGGCUGUUUUACGUGGCCCAACCACUGUUUAGGCUAUCAGUGACAGUAGUCUCUACAGUCGUUCUAAUAAGUUUCACUCUAAUUUAUUUAACGCAUUAUUUCAUUAGAGGCUACAGUUUAAUGUGCAGUUGGUGAUCAUAUUUUUAACAAGUCCUCUUAUUUUAAAAAGUGUAUGUGGCCCAUGCUAUUUUAAUGGUCUAUGUUCUAUGUUUGUGAUAUGUUUUGAGUAAAAAUGGUUUUAUAUCGAUUAUUGUUGUCAUUUUCCUCAAUAAUAAAGU